UCAGGAUCAAAUACUAAAGGCCUCAACCCCAGAAUCAUUUCAACGAAAUUGUUGUUAAAUCUUCGGGUUUUCUUUAGCAAUGGCUACCCAAGAACACCUCCAACUUCAUCAACAAACCAAACGGAGUUGUGAAGAAUUACUUUGCUCAUAUUUAGGCAUAAGUUUCGCAAUCUUUUUAGGGUUCCUCCCCAAGAAAUCUGUUUCUUUGAUCCCAACUCUUCAAACCCAUACAGAAUCACUCUCUAAGAAGCUAUUGCAAGCAGAAGAACAGCUCGAGCAACUGUACUCAAGAAGAAAAGAGGAUUCCAAGGCUAAUGCGAGGGUUGUUGAGAUAUUCGCCAGCCACCGCCAUGGGUGGCAGCAAGAAGAGAAGCGCCUCCUCCGUCAGAUCGAUGAAAACGUCGAGGAAAUUGCCAACUUGAGGGCUAAAGUGGAGGAUCUUGAGAUUAGGGUUGAUGAUUUGAAGAGGGAAGUGAGUGAAAGAGACGAGUUGCUGAAUUUCAUGGCGAAUAGGGAGGAUGAUGGUGGAGGAUACGGCGGCGGCGGUGGCGGUGAUGGAGAAUUCUAUGGUGAAAUGUUGGGGUCUAGGUUUGGGAAACUAAGGGUUUCAGAUGAGGCGAAUAACCAUAACCAUAACCACAAGCAUAACCAUAACCAUAACCAUAACCUUAAGCAUAAUAGCAAUUAUGGUACCAACAGUGUUAUGGGGGAUUGUUAUACGGAGAGAGGGAUUCACAAUGUGGAUGAUUUGGGGUCAAUUUACGAUGGGCAUAACAUGUUUAAUCCUUCAGACUUUUCAAAUUCUGGGGUUUCAAAGUUCUUGGCAGAAAGAUCAAAUCUUUGGCAGGGGGCACAAUAUGAAUCCGUUGAACCAGUUCAUGAUAUGAAGCAAUUUGUAACAAGGAGAGAGUCUCCUUGGAAGGUGGAUGGUGAUUCAUCUGGGGUUUCCACAAAACUAAAAUUGCUCGAACAAGAGCUCCAAAAUUUGGAAAAUAUUGGUGCAAAUGAUUUGUCAAAGGUGCCAUCGCUAAUGAGAAAACAGGCAAAAAGAUAUCAAGCUCUUGCCGGAAAAAUUGACGAUCUUUGUAGAAGAAUGCAGGAGAAUGAUCCUUGUGAACCAAAUGCGGGUUUAGAGUUCCGCACACAGAGACAGACGGAGUUUUUGCUGGAAGCGCUUCGGCUACAGCAGCGUGCAUCUGAAACAGGGCAGAAAUUGAUGGCAUUGCAAACGGAAACAGGGAUGGGGUGUAAUUAUGGGAAUGAUCUGGUGGAAGGCCGUGCCCGAUUAACCACCAGUCUGUCCUUGAGCUCCAUACGAACCAAUUUCCGGGAUAUUCAGAGAAAUUUGGAGAUAUGGUUAGCAAGAAUCAUUGGAGACGUUGAAGGGAUUCUGGCGAGAGAUGGGGCUUCGCGUGUAAAUGAGUAUUAUUUAUCCCCAAGAUAUCCUUUUGUUCAACAGGAAAGAUUCUAACUUCAAUAACACCAUUUAAACUCAAUCUGUACAUGUUCUUUUGGUCUAAUCUUGAAGUUGUGCUAGAAUAUGCUUUUUGCCACGC